AUGUUUAGCAUCAAGGAAUCGAUUUCGAAAUUUGGUCUUUCGACUCAAUCGUCUGUUUUUCAAGAAUCAAUUUCUCAAUUGAUUUCGUCCAUUGAAGAAAAUAUUAAAGCAAAGUUUGCACCCAUCCUUGAGUUGGUUCUUCGCUUACCAACCAAUGCUCCUCGUGUUUUGCAACUGUCGCAAGGGGGAGAUAAAGGAUAUAGUUGUAUUGGGUCUUCAAAGGAUUCAGAAAAAGAAGCAGUGGUUGGAAAAGUGAUGUCAACUAAAAUACCCAUUUCACUUCUUAUUUCAGUAACCAAAAAUUCAACAAGAACCACAACAGGACCAAUCAAGAAAGGGAUCGUUAUAAAUGAAACAGAUAGAGGUUCAAGUUUGAAUUUUAUGCCACCACCUUCAAAAGACGAUCAAGGAGAUAAAGUAAAAGGUAUUACGUUGACUCUUUCUGAAGAAGAAAAGAAAAGGCAACAUGCCUUGUAA